UCGUUUCUCAAAAGUAAAACAACUGUCAACGGUUGAAGGUAUUCAACUCUUAACAAAAAAGAGGAAAUACUCUUUUAUAUGCUUAAUAAUUAUUAUUCUUGAUUUGACAUUCGUGUUAGACAAUCAUUUUCUCACACAAAUAUAAACAUUUGGAUGUUCAUACAAAUAAAAAACCGUUGUUUACAGUGCUUUCUUUCACGUCCGCAAUAUGGUCUAUAAAUAGAAGUGGAAAGUGCUAGUACCGAGAGUGAAAAAAAUAGGAUUAAAACAAAUAAUUUUUACUAAAAAUAUUGAACAAGAAUUUUAAAUUGUUGCGUGAAAUGAAAUUUACAAAAUGUAAUGUCGGAAAUUACUUCCGAAGGGUAAUUGAGCAAGAGAAAAGGAAAAGAAAAUUGAAUGCGAAUCGAAAUUGGGAUGACAUUGUGCACGGACAAACGGGAAGUAAAAUGGUCUUUCAAAAUAAACAAAAAUUUAUUACAAAAAAGUUUACACGUUUCUUUUAAUUCAAUUUGAAAGAAAUAUGAUGAAUAAUGAGUUUCAAGCAUGAAAAUACGAGAAGGGAAAAUUACGAUUCCGCUGCACGAAAAUUAUCCCUUACCGCCGCUUCAAAAAUAAAAUGAUAAGCCAAGUUCAUAUAGUAUACAGAAAAUUCAGAAAUUUGUGCGUGCAUUGAUUAAUUUAUUUUGAAAUAGGAAAAGUUAUGUCACUAGUUAUUGCGAUUUCAGUAAAAAAUGUAUACAAAUGUAGCAAUUAGAAUUUAGAAUUAGAGGUUUUAUUUUUUUUGCGAUACGUAUUUUUUAAGUACGAACAUUUUAUUAAAAUGUCUUUCCAAUAAACUUAAAUUUUAUUACAUAAAUCGGAUAUUUAUGAAAGAAAUCUUUGUUUAGCCUAUUUAGAUGCAGGAAUGGGUCCACACCAGACAGUCAAUUUCCUUGCUGGCAUUAACAUCCCCCCAAUAGCAGUUAAGAAUUUAAAGAUAAGAGAAAGAGAAAUCGGCAAAUCCAUAGAAAAAUGUGCUGAAAUGUCUUGUCAGAAAGCUCUACAAGAAGAAAUAGAUUUAAGCAGAGAUGAAGAUGAUCAUUCAAAUGGAACUUCAAUAACAGUUUCUUUUGAUGGUGCUUGGCAGAAAAGAGGAAGUGGAAGAAGCUACAGUAGCUUGACAGGUCAUGCUACAAUGAUAGGUGAAAAAACUGGAAAAUGUGUGAGUCAAGGAACUAAAUCAGCAGACUGCAGAAAAUGUAUGUAUGUGGAUGAAAAGGGAGAUGGACAUCACGAUUGUAGGAAAAAUCAUACUGGAAGUGCAAAGUCGAUGGAGUCAAACUUAGCCGUUGAGAUGGUGCAGGAGCUGCAGUGCAAAGGAUGCAAAGUUUCCUGUAUAAUAAUGGAUGACGAUACCACUACUCUGGCUAGACUAAAAGAAAACAUUAAUUCUGACAUUGUUAAAAGAUCAGACAGAAAUCACCAAAGAAAAAAUAUUGUUAGUGACUUAUACCGCUUACAUAAAAAACACAAAGGUAAAUUGUCAACUAGUACUAUAAGCUACUUGACAAAAGAUUUAGACUAUGCAAUAGCCCAAAACAAGAACCGUGCAGAACAAUUGAGCCAGAAUAUUUAUUCAAUCAUUCCCCAUUCUUUUGGUGACCAUUCUAAAUGUGACUUAUCGUGGUGUAACUACCAUAAAGAUCCAGAAAAUUACAAACAUAAAAGUCUUCCAUAUGGCAAAAAUUUAAACGGAGAGGAAAUGUUUGCCGAUUUGUCAAAAUUGUUUGAUACUUACGCAAAGAAUUCAGAUAAAUUAGCUAACUGUGGCAGCUCGCAAGGAAACGAAUCCUUAAAUCAAAUAAUCGCGUUAAAGGCACCAAAAGCAAAGCAUUUUGGGAGUAGUGAAUCCCUUCCUUUCCGAGUAUGCGUGGGAGUAAUUCAGAAAAACGAAGGUCGUUCUUAUAUACCACAAGUAUAUGAAGCUCAUAAAUUGUCACCUGGAAAAUUUACAGUAAUGCAUACGGCAAAAAUAGACAAAAAGCGCAAGCAUGACAAAGUAAAUGCAAGUACCCGGGAGGCGAAGAGAAAAAGACUUGUCAAAAAGGGAAAAUUCAACUUGAAUCUAAAGGCCAAAGAAAUACGAGAAGGCGUAACAUAUGCUACCUCUAUUUCUGCACCAGCAAAAUCGAGUGAGAAUGCUGAAGAUAUUUCACACAUUCCUGAUCCUGAACCAGAAGUGACGGAAGAUCCUAUGUCUUUGAAAGACGAAACAUUUGUUUACUUUGACCUUGAAACUACAGGGUUCGGUACUGAUUGUGAUAUUAUUCAAUUAGCUGCAGCAUAUGACAACCAAAAUUAUAAUCGGUAUAUGGUACCCGGUCAGCGUAUCUCGCCAUCUGCUUCUAAAGUAACCGGAUUUUCAAAAAGUGGUUUAAUUUUGUAUAAAAACGGGGAAAUAAUGCAGACGGACGAAGAAAGUGAAAUUUUUAAACAGUUUAUUUCUUGGCUUCCCAAAAAAUGCAUUUUGAUUGGUCACAAUUCAAAAAUUUUUGAUUCCAGAAUUUUGACUAAGGCUUUACAAAAUUAUAAUAUCAUGAAAGAUUUUGAAUUAAAAUGCGGUGGAUUUAUUGACACCUUAUCAUUGACUAAAGAACUACUACCAGACAGAAAGACAAAUAAGCAGUCAUACAACCAGGAAUCACUUGUAAAAGAUAUUGUUGGCAUAAAUUAUGAUGCACACAAUGCCAUUGGCGAUGUGCAAUCCCUGCAACAGCUGAUCAACACGCUAAAAGUCUCUCCAAGAAUUCUAGAAAAACACAGCUUCUCUGUUCAGUACACAGUAAACAUGAUCAGUAAGCUGCAGCUAACUAAAUCUAGACUGGAUACAUUUAGCAACAUGCCAUCUACUUUUUGUUCAAAGACAAUGCUGAACAAAAUUGCCAGAUCUGGUUUACGGUUAAACCAUCUUAUCCUUGCAGGAAAUAGAGGAGGUGUUGAUGGCAUACGCGAAUUGCUAACCGAACAGUUUGACGGGAAGCCCCGAGUUACUAAAGACAAGAAGAUACUAGACUCGAUUUCAGAACACAUUAUGUCAUUGAAAAACUAGAAAAAACAUUGUCUGAACGCAUAUACUUUUGUUAUUGUAUUACACGUUUAGUUUCUAGACGAAACACAUUACAAUUUUAAAAUAUUUGCAUCAAUUCACAAUUUUCACUAAGAUUAAUUGAACAAAACCACGGAUAAGAGAAAAGAGAAAUGAUAAUUUGCAUCAAACUUCCAAAAUAUCUUUUGUGUUGGGUUUUUACCUAUCAAUUACGUGUAUCCCCUUUGCUUUUAUAAUAUUAAACACACCAUUUAAUUUUAGGAUGAAAAAUUAAAUCAGUACUAUUGGGCUCGAUGUAUGUGUUUAUUUUUUUGUGUUGUGUUCAUGUGCCAUUGAAAACAUAAUUAUCAAUACAUAUAUGUGACCUACAUCUACGUCGUACGACGGUCCAUCGGCACAUUGAUGACUAUUCAAUUAUUCUGCAACGAUCAGGUAAAAGAAAUGUUUGUUUUGUUUACUACUGUUUGUCUUUUGUUUUUUUUUUACAGUUUUUCCGUGGCAUUGUCAGUUUGUUUUCGACUUUGGUACAUUUCGUUUCCCUUAUUGUGCAGCAGCAAAUAUUUCAUGUAUUUUCGGGUCGAAAAUAUAAUCAAUGAAUGUAUAUCGUCAUUAUAAUCAAAGAGACACCUUGAUGUAGCGGUCGUUGUCUUUAUUUGACAAGAUUUCUAUGUUGGUGACGAUUCUGCUGAUUGAGACUUGACGUUGCGUAAUCCUUUUCGGCGACGUCAUGUAAUUUCUAUCUUUUUUCAGUCAGCAACACCCUUUCAACGGCUGAUAUAUAAAAAGAGAGUCCGGUAACCAUAGGAAAAUUAUAUAUCAAUGGAAAGGAAAAUUCUAUCAUAAAAACAUUUAAUUUUUAUAGAAAAAUUGUAGGAAUGGUUUUAACUGCAGAUUAAAUUAAGCUUGAAAUUUCUUAUUUUUUGCGUAAAUUUGACGUUAUGUCUAUGUACUUCAUGGUGUUAUUCUAACAUUUUCAAAUGACUGUAACUUUUAAAUUAGAACGGUUACCCACUCAAAUUUUUCAAUUUUUCUGUUUAUUUUUAGAAGUUCUACGUGCAUACAAUUUCUUAAAAAAAUCGGUGGACAAGCCAUUUACGUACCUGUUA